AAGUAUAAAAUUGUCAUUUUGUUUUCUAAUAUGGCAGUUUUCAAUUUUCUAGUAAAAUAAUCGGAAACAUUGAUAUUUUUCGAUAGCUAUUCCGAAACAAUAUCAAUCUAUGUAGUGAGGAAUAGUGUAUCUGUGUUGUUUGGUCUAUGCAAAUUGCUAUUGACGUCAUCAUGAAAUCUGAAGUGACGUGUGUGAGUUAAAAAAUAUUACAUUGGAUUUAUCGUCAGUGAGAGGAUUUGGUACAAUUAUGUUAUAAUAUGGUGUAAUUUUAAACAUUGAGUGUGCCCGUGAUGUAUGUGUAAGGCAAGUCGUAGUGUUAGCGUGUGGUAAUUCAAUUAAUACUCACAUCUUUGCCGAUAACUGCGACACAGACUGCCAUUGUUGACAAUUAUUCAGCGGAAGUGUUCUCCAGACGGUAACGCUACAUUGACAUUUCUCGCCAUUCGCGGGAAUUUCGAAAUUGUGGUGCGCACUGUGCUACCUUUGGCCCAGUAAAAAUAAUUGGAGGUGAAUUUUGUGCGUGAUAAUAUAACAAUGGCUAUAAACGACGAGCUUGUAUACGAAGUUAAUGAGAAGGGCGAGAAUGUUCUCGUUAAAUCGAUAAAUUCAGAUCACCAAGCGUAUCUUCGCUUCACAAAUCUAACAUCGCGAGCGGUGGACGUGUGGUGGCGUGAUUUUGCUGGGAAGAAACGAUUUUACGAGCGGAUGGAGCCGGGCGCGUUCUACGAUAUCAACUCUUACUUAACACAUCCUUGGGAGUUCACUGACGCAACGACCGGGGAGCACUACGUGAUCAACAACAAGCUUGUGUUCAGGGCGCCGGAGCGUGCGGGCGACCUCCGGUACAGGACGAACUGGAACAUCACCGUGCCUGUGCGGACCUUGAAGAGCACGGCCAUGCAGACCCUGGCGUCGCUGCUGCCCCACCCAGACGCAGCUAGUGAGCUGGACCUGCCCAACGUACUGUCCCGAGAGCUGGCAGAGCUGGUGACGAGGAUGCGCCGGGCCCCUGCGGUGGAGGAACCGGCGGAGAACACGUGGUGAUGGCUGUACAUGCCAGUGGUGGUGCUGCUGCUCACACUGGCCGGUCUGAUGCUGCUCUGGUGUGUGUCUGUGAAGAGGUCUCACAAAAUAGGUUUGAUCAUUCUUUUCUUUUCUGUCUGGCAUCUGUUGAAUGCGCUGCAAAACCCCAGCGUGGAGUCCAGUCUGAUAGACUACACAGAGCAAAGUGUGGUGCGGAAAGUGUUUUAAAGAGGUGAUAUUUCUAGUCGGCCUGUUUCUUAAAGAAAUGACGGACGGUGCUGUAGACAGAGAGUGAGAGAAUACUGCAAGUGGAAUUAUGUUAUUGUAAGCUAUUAUUAAUGUAUUACUUACUCACAAUUGAGUAAAUUCUGUUUAUUGUGCAUUUAUCAAAAUUCCUUUAGUUUAUAUUGACUUACAUUAAUGUGAUCUAGUAUUGUUAAGUGAUACUGCUCAUUUGGUAACUCGUAAUGGCAAGAUUAAUUAUUAAAUAAUGUUCUUGAUUGGCAGAAGUUUGAGCAUUAAGGCUGCUAUAAUAUGUGUCAUUUUGUAAUGAUAUAUCAAAAAAUAUUUGUUUGAUAUUUCAUAGAUGUGCUGGUUGAGACAUCAAGGAAAAAUUAAAAUUAGACCUAAAUUACUAAUUUCUGUCUGGCUGAUUAUACCAUACCUUUUAUUCUAAGGGGGAAAAUUAUCCAAUGACUUCUCUACACUAUACUAUAACUUGCAAUAGUGUUAGACAAUACAAUGCGAAUGUUUUUAAUGUUAUUAUGUUUCCGCCUGUUUUCCUUUCUAUUUAUAUCUAUAACUGCCUUUACUCAUUCUCCUUUGUAUUCACACACUUCUACUAAAACAAGUAUGGAAAACAUACAAGCAACUUAAUAAGCUAUUCAGUUAGCAGCCUUUCUUUAAUCUUUAAAACUAUGGAAAUCCUCAUAGAUACCUUUUCUCUUAGGAUGUGCAUCAGACUGCAGGUUAUGUCAGACUCUUACCGACUAAAACCACACACUCUCUCUGAAAACAAGAGAGUCACUGAGUACUCGAGUGAAGAAACUCAAGAGUUACACUCAUUUUAUGUUACUACAACCUAUCUUUAGGUGUUAAAUUCAUUUAGCAACAUAGCCUGUUUAAUGAAUGACAUUGCAGUUCAAUUCUGGUUGUAUAUUUCCAAUGGCGAUUCGAAUUUUGUGCUAUUCGCAAUUUCUAAUCUAACCUACCUAUAAAUUCUGGUGGUAAUUGUGUUCUAAUAACAAAUUCAUCCAUUCAAUCAAGCGGCUAGUUAUUCAGGUUGUUAGUUGAAUGGCUAAUUAAGUUAGUUGGCUGGCUGCAACAUAUAAUAAAAUACUUGUACAGUGUGUAACUAUAUCUGUGUCAUUCUGUAUGUAACCCAAAUGUCACAACCGCAAAGGUCAUAAUGAAUAGAUUAUUUUUAAUGAUAAUCAUGAAGUAUACUCGACAAUAUUCAUAAUUAUUUUAAGUUUAAUUUUGUAAUAAAUGGUUUAAUAUAAUGAGUAUGUGUGUGUCUGUAUGCAGAGUAUUUUAAACAUGAUUGAUUAAUAUUAUGUUAAUACAUAGUAAUGCAAUGUGAAAUUGUUCUUUUAAAUUCUUUUGUGUAAUAUGUUAUUUAGAGGAAAAAGAAUACAAAAUUCUAUCUUGGUCACUGGUCACAUGAUUUUUUUGGAAUGCAUAUUAUGUUAUUAUCUAUUGUUACAUUUAGUUUGCUGUACUCAAUUGAUAGCUGUAAUGUUGGAAUAAUAAUGGACAAGAUGUAUGCAACUAAUUUAAUUCAUAGCAAAGUACAUUAUAAUAUAACAGGUAUUUUAAAGUAUUCUGGGUGUAUUGACUGUGCAUUUAAUGGAUCAUAGAAUAUAGUCACAGAUGUUUUAACUUUAUAUUGCCUAAUAGUAGAAUUGAGAACUAAUCAUGUAUUGAAUUGCUUAUUGUCAAUAGUUAAACAUAACUAAAGUGUUAUUUAGGCAGAACUAAUGAUGCCUAAUUCAAUUUAUCUAUACUCUAUGUGUGAAUCUCAUGUCAAUAGCUGUGUAAGAUCAUAGGACUAAAAUAAUGCAAUGAUUUAUUAUAUAUCUUUAUGUAGAUACCUACCUAUAACGUUAUUGUUAUUUUUAUUUCUAUGAUAGAAAUUAUAAACUUAAAAUUUAUAAUAUUUUUUAUAUUGAAACUUUGGAGCGGUUUUAUUAAUUGUAUAGUUUUAUGUGCCAUGCAAUUUGAUUGUUGGUAAGGUAUAAUGUGUAAGAAUUAUUAUCUUAUACUUAGUAGUAAGUAUAUAAUAUUAAUAAUUAACUAUAGUGUAUACAUACAAUAAAACAUCUGAGUGUUUGGUGUAAGCGUAACCAAU